AAAAGGCCACGCUGUUUCCAUCUCACAACUCAGAACAGGUCGAGAGUCCGGAGCAGCCCUGCCCAUUGAAGCCACACGUGAACGCCACGAGCAAGACGCACGGCCACUGGGCAUUCCAAAGAAAACGUUUGUGCGUUUCCUCCGCGAAAUGAACAUCACUGCCAAGAUGGAAAUAAGCGUAAACCAGCAGCAGUUCAUGCCACCUGCUUGCUUUUUUGCCUCUCAGAGCAUCCAACUCAGUCCGACCGACAGCCAGUGCAGCACCAAGUCCGUGUCGAAGCAGGCAAAGAGGCAGCUCUCAUCCGCUCCGGAGCUGCUCCGGUGCAAAAGGAGACUCAACUUCGCCGGCUUCGGGUACAGUUUGCCCCAGCAGCAGCCGCACGCGGUGGCCAGGCGAAACGAGAGAGAACGCAACCGGGUAAAGCUGGUGAACAACGGCUUUGCUACUCUCCGCGAACACGUUCCCAACGGAGCGGCGAACAAGAAGAUGAGCAAAGUGGAGACGCUGCGCUCGGCUGUGGAGUACAUUCGCGCGCUCCAGCAAUUAUUAGACGAGCAUGACGCAGUAAGCGCGGCGUUCCAGUCGGGCGUCCUGUCACCCACCAUCUCCCAAAACUACUCUAAUGACAUGAACUCUAUGGCCGGUUCGCCCGUGUCCUCUUACUCCUCAGAUGAGGGCUCAUACGACCCUCUGAGUCCUGAAGAACAAGAGCUCCUGGACUUCACCAAUUGGUUUUGAACGUCCAUGAAAGGAAAUACCUAAAAAUCGCAGUACUCGCUUGGGAGGCAAUCGGAUGUCCUCCAAGAACACAAAGCUCUGCGUUUGCGCUGCAGUCCGGUGCGGAUAGACUCGGAUCCACACCCAGAGAUGGCCCAUACAAACUGGCAAACCAGGGGUCCCGAGUGUCAUAGAGCCAGUGGACUAAAAGGGAAGAGCGGGAGUCCAGUCCUUCCAGCGCAUUCGCCCAAGAAAACAAUUUUUAAUAUGACAACAAUAAGCAGACGUUGUUCUAUAUCUAUGCUAAUGUAAUCAAAGAAGGUUUGCCCUGAUAGACCCCUCUCACAACUCUAUUAUGCUUCCAACUUGGCGACUUUUAAUAUAUGAAGUUCUAUUUGUAUAAAACGUUGUUUUUAAAUAUAUUAAGCUAUUUUUGUAUGUAAGAGAUUUAUAGAUGUUUUUGUACACAUUCAUUUUAAUAUGUAUCUAUUUUUGACAUAUAGCCUGCCGUAAAUUGCUCAUUACCUCUCGCCUAUUCAGACUUAGUCUCAAAUGCAUCGCAGCUGGCAAUUCCCUUUACAUAUGUGGAGGUUUUAGAGGAGUUAAAGUUUCAACACCAACGUGUCUUAUUUAAUAAUAACUGCAAUGGUAAUAGGUUUGGAGUGAUCAAAUGUUAUGCAGCUAUUGCCCAAACGGAGGUGUUUUGUCUCCCCACACUGCCUGUUCCACUUUGCCUUCACAAUGCUGGGUUUUGCAUCUCAGAAAAUAAGAAUAUGCCUUAUCUCCAUAUUUUCUACAGUUUAGUCUCAUAAUAAAAGUUU